AUGGCCUCUGCAACCCCCCUCGACUAUCUCUCGGCGGACUCCGAGCAGAGUACUCAGGAGAUGAUGAUGUGGCCGGCUGGAUACGACGAGCCUCAGCCAUCUCCCCGGUCCGAGACGACCGACGCAGAUUUCGAGCAGGCUCUCGCCUCCCUCAACUCUAUGCGUGAGAAGAUCAAGCAGCAAGCGGAAGAGUACCGGGAGCUGGAGUCCGGGCUUCGCGCGUCUACGGCCAUGGCAGCAUUGUGGGAGCGGAGAUUCUCACGUAAGGAGGCAAGAGCCGCGAACGUGGUGGCAGCGGCUGAAGAAGUCCUGGCAGCUUUUGGGGAUGUGCUCGGGAUUGGGCCUACCUUGGUGAAGCUGCAGGAGGCGCUCGAGGGCGAGGAGUGA